CGAGUAAACUAAUAAUACUAUGUCAGUUUGACGUUGGUCUUUAUGCAUACACAUUAUCUAGGUCGGUGUCACACACUCAUGAAUAAUGUGAAUAAGCUGAGCCGGGUGUACAGAACGCCGACAGUGACAAGGUUAGGGACGGGUGGAGACGGUUCGCUGUGCUAGGGAUAUCUAACUUCUGGUUGACUGCGGUCUGUGGAAGGUAUCGUGCAUUAUGUUUAUACAAGAGGGCUCCGAAGGUACUUCGGUCUCAGUCUGUUCGAUAGAUUAGGAUGUCAUGCAGGCCAUGCCAAAAAGUUGGGAAACUGUACACAAAAACACAAGCCAAAGUACCGAAUGUACUGAUUCAACACUUGACCUAUUCUGACUUGAGGGGCAGAAGGAAACACAACCCUAAUGCAAAAACUGCACUCAGAAGGAUUCAAGUUUGUUUGUCAGCCCUUCGUAACACAUCCGGUGGCAAACUGAUCAUUCAUGUCAGUGGACAAGUUUACAGUGAUCAUUUCCUUGGCUAUUUCGAUGAGUUUCUUGAAGAAAGUCUGAACAAUUUGAUCUGUGAUGGACAACUAUUCAUUACAGCAUACGAGAGACACUGGCUGCGGGAAUUACCAACGUUUAAGAAUUUCAAAGACUUCAUCGUCAUAUCUGUUACUCAAACCAAAGGAGUGGCGACGGUUGAUUUCAAAACGAAAGUGUGUUCAGAUCUGAAAGUUGAACGUCCAUCAGCACUCAAUAUUCUGUCUAUUUUGAGUGACUCGCUCUCAUCUCGAGUGAAACCUGCAGAAUUGAGAGGUAUCGAACCAGUACCCUAUGAAAGUCGACAUGUGCAGCUAAAAACUUUCAAACCAAACGAAGAUGACAGGAAGAUUAUAGACAAAGAUCCCGAGAGAUUUGCAUACUAUGUGUGGGAUAAGCUUCGAUUUCGAGAAUAUCUGAGCUGUAUGACAAAAAUUGAAAGCGGGGGUUCUUAUUAUUUGGGCAUUACUGAAAAGAAGAAUACGUUCAAGACGUCUAGUGAAGUACAGUAUGAAAGUCUAGUUCCUCACAUUGAAGGUUUUGAACUUCAGUUUGGUGUUCAGGAGCUAGAGGAGCAACUAUAUCGUGUAAUAACAUCAAGUGUUACAGUUUUAGUUGAAAAUAGUUCCUUUAUCGACAUUCUACGAGAGCUUGUUCAAUUCAAGUUCUAUACUGUGGCCACGGAUAAAUACGUUCUUGAAAUUGCAGUUGGUUGUUUGACAGGAGGUAUUGUGUUCUUUGACAAGCAAGGCCCAGAAGCGUAUCAAAUAUUGCCGAUUGGAAAUGUUGAAAGAUUGACCAAAGAGGAUUGGUUGCACAGAAUGCGGAGUACGCUAGAUGACAUUUGUAAAUCAACGUACAACAAAGGUUAAACCUCUUACCAUUUUUAUCAGCAAGAGAGUCAGUUGGAACUUUCACGAAAACGGAUAAAAACUCAGAACUAAAUGUAGAACACUCUGCUGUGCUUUCUAAAUAGUUAAAGGAACGAGAUUGGGAAAACGUAACUUGUUUGGUGUGCAACAUAUGCAUGAACAUGGCUUCAAACUCGGAUGGAACCGAUUCAGAUAUAAAUACUGGCAAUCUGUAUGAGAACAUUCGCUGUGAGUACACGAAGGGAUACUCCUCUACCUUUGAUAGUAGCAGUGAUUCGGAGUCUCGGGCCCGUUACCGCUCUGAUUGUGAUGGGGUUUCAGGUCUUCGUGAUGAAAUCCUUCUUAGAGGUAUGAGUGGACGAAGGACGGAACCGAACAAUAAGGAUUCCAAAUCGGAUGUCAAACCGCAGCCGCCUGCUGAAUGUGAUCAGAGGGGCCUCUUUCAAAUAAUCAUGGACAUGCAACGCCAGAUCAUGGAUGUCAAAGCUUCUGUAGACUCACUUCGAGAGGAGGUUCGGGUAAACCAUGAGCAGAUCAUGAAGCAGUUGGUGAGGAUUGAAGGAAGUAAUGAGGAAAGCGUCAAGAGACCUCGCAGUCGGCGACCCAGCUUACAGGUCACAAGGAUUUCUCCUGAAGACACGUCUAUUGACAGCCAAAUAUUGACAACACACCUACUGCAGGUUCCGCUACAUGGACAUGACGUGCACCGUAAAAGAAGUCCUGGAGGAAGCGAAACUGAUGAUUAAACAGAGGGUUUGUCAUCUCGCAUUUAAUAGACAAGACAUGAAGACAAGUGUUGACAGUACUUCACAGUUGAGUCAAAUGCAGGUCGAAUGUGACAAUAUUUAAUGUUUAAUCAGCAGCCACCUGUCUGUCUUUUUCAUUAAGUCCAGACAGAGUUACGUCCCCUGCCACAAACCUACCUGUAUGGUGCUGGUUUCAAAUCACAAUUUCAUUUCUGUUUUGCUUUUUCGCCAGCACCAUACACAUGCUACUGUUUCUUCGAAAGGGAAAAUGGCAAAGAAAUGCAUCACUUUGGACUCAGCUUUCAUCUAAAUCUGUAGUUAUUUUAUAGUGUUCGCACGUCACGCCGAAGACCCGGGUUCUAUUCCCCACAUGGGUAUAGACUGGCGCUCGGCAUUAAUGGGUUCAAAAAGGACUG